CUCCAAACAACGUUGUAUUUUCCAGACAGCCAAGCUUUUCUCUGAUUACAGAAUUUGGAGCUUUGGUUUGCUGCAUCCUGCAAGAAAUUGUGAACCCAGCAGGUCCCAGAAACCAUGAAAAGGGGGAAUAAAAUAAAGCGUCAGAGAAUUUACUUCCACUCCGUUCAAAUUCAGACGUAAAUAGAACUUGUACCAUUUUGUCUUCCGGUGGACUUCUGUGCGUUUUUGUUUUUUAUGUUGAACCCUAGCCUUUCUCAGCCUAUCUUCCUCUUGUUCGAAUAGAUUUCAAUUUAUACAACCGCUCCUGUAUCUCUGUUACUCUGUUCAUCAAGCCUUAGAUUCAAGAUUUCUCUUGGCUUCCACGGCGUUUAAUUUGUCUGAAACAUGAGAUUCGUGAACCUGUUUUGGUUUGUUAUCCGGAUUGGUGGAGUUUCUGAUGCUUUCCUAUCGAAAAGCUGGAUUCUUUUGAUCUGCAGAGAUUAGAAACCCUAGAGGAUGGAAAGCAAAGGAGUUCUUGCAGUAAUUCUAUUAAUCUUGAUCUUUACGGAAGGAUCCCAUGCCUUUUUUCUCGGAAAGCUUAGAAUAAGGGCGUCGAAGAUUGCACCGAAGGAGAAACCCGCUGGAAAAGAGAUUCCUCCGUCCCCUAGCCCCACGUCAAUGCCGAGUUUGGAUUCUAGCCAUCUCAGUCCCGACAAUUCAACAAAAGCACGGCCGAAAGGCUCAGAUGGUCAGGGUGCACAGAUUCCGCAGACUAAAACGCCGAGUAACCAAAGCGGGAAUAAAUCUAACAGUCCCGUUGGUUCACCAGAAGGAAAUUGUGCAGACACACCCAACAGAUGCACAGAUAAGAAGAAGAUGAUUGCCUGCCUUAAACAUUCUGAAAAUGGAUCCCUGGAGUUAUUCCUUCUGGUACAGAAUGAUGGAGAGGACACUUUGAAAACAAACGUCAUAGUCCCGGCAUCUAUAGACAUUCCUGUCAAGCAACUGGAGAUACCGAAACACCAAACCAGAAAGAUCAAAAUCUCAGUUAGUACGGAAGAAAGCCUCAAGAUAGUAUUAAAUGCUGGAAAUGGGCAAUGCGUGCUUCACAUGGGAUCAUCUGUAUCUGAUGGCUUUUUUCAGCGAAUCCCUGCUUAUGCCAACCUCGUGACACCCAUCCAUGGUGUUUACUUCUUGUUUCUAAUUUCUUUGAUAGUUGGGGGGACGUGGGCCUGCUGCAAAUUGGGGGAAAGGCGGCACAGUGAUGGAGUCCCAUACCAGGAGCUUGAAAUGGGGCUACCAGAGUCUGUUCCAGCUGUUGAUGUGGAAACAGCAGAUGGUUGGGAUCAGGGUUGGGAUGAUGAUUGGGAUGAAGAGAAGGCAGUGAAGUCAGUGGGUGGAAACGGCUCUUUAAAUGGCAUUACUUCCAAGUCAUCUGAUAGAGAUGGAUGGGAAAACGGUUGGGAUGAUUAGAAUUUUAUGGAGAAAAAAAAAGAAGAGUGAAAAGUAUUCUUAUUGGGGAAAAUGAAGAAAGCCAUAUUAAUAGAGGGGUGAGAAAAUUAGAAGUUGUAGUUUUCACUUGUGUAGCAUUGUAUAAUGCCAAAUGAUAAAUUUUGAUAUAGUGAACGAGAAACAGUUUUGGUGAUUAUUGAAGAGAGCAGGGUGGUUCUUUUGUUCCCUCUGUUGGGUCUCGUAGAGUUGUUUCAUAAGCUAUUGUUCUUUUGUUUUUUGGGACUGUAUGAUGCCAAUGUCCAUCAGAACCGAUCUAUCUCCUGUGAGUUUGUGACUGAUUAAAGUUUACCACCACCCUGGGUUGGUGGAAACAUGAAUGAUGAAGCUACUUGCAUGUCCAUAGCUUCAAGGCCAGUAUUUAUGUGCCGCUCCAACAAGCAAUUUUUUAUUACUUUA